CCGGCCCCCGCCCCCGGCACGGCGGGCGGGACUGGCAGCGGCGGGAGGCAGCCGGGGCCGCGCCGUGACUCUGCCGCCGCCGAGAGCUCCGGCUUCGCGUCCUCUGCGCUGCGGGAAGAGGGACGGGAAAGAGGGGAGAAAGAAACUUGAGCCGGGCCGACAGCCCGCCCCGCACAGCGCGUCCCCGGCGUGUGGUGGUGGCAGCAGCCGGAGAGCGGGGCAGGAUGGACAAGUACGACGACCUGGGCCUGGAGGCCAGCAAGUUCAUCGAGGACCUCAACAUGUACGAGGCAUCCAAGGACGGGCUCUUUCGAGUGGACAGAGCGGCUGGCAACAACCCGGAGUUCGAGGAGACCCGGCGGGUCUUUGCCACCAAGAUGGCCAAAAUCCACCUCCAGCAGCAGCAGCAGCAGCAGCAGCAGGAGAUGCUGAUGGCCACCGCUUCCCUCAAUGGUGGGGCUGGUUUGGGUGCACCACGGCCCGGCCUGCCCGCACCUCGUGGUGCCAAGCCGCCCCUGGGCUCACCCACCAGCCCGCUGCCCCAGGUGGCAGCUGAGGGCCCUGGCAGCGGGCGAACAGGCACCUGCAGAGCCUUCCCCGUGCCUGGGGAACCACCGUCCCCCAGCUCCCAGGCUGGGCGGCGCAGCUGGGAAGCGGAGCUUCGUGGAGACCCUCAGGAGAACGGUGGUGAUAGCAGGAGGAGCAGCCAGGGCCAAGAGCUGAAGCCAGCCGGGCAGAGGUCCUCCUCCUUCUCACAGGUGCGUGGCCCUGCAGGUCCCUCAGAUGGGGCGCCAGCAGCUGCUCUGCAGCACAGGUCCUCCUUCUCAGCCUCUGCGGCACAGCCCAGCCCCGGGCAUUUGGCCCUCACCGAGCCCUGUGGGCCACAGGCCGGCGUGGAUGGGCCAACCACAGAUGGCGGCCAGCUGUGGUACCAGGGCGGCUCACGGCCCUUCCCACCCAGCUCUGCUCCUGGGGGGCCCAGCAUAGACUACCAGCAAGCUGGCGUCCACCCCAGUCCCACCAGUCAUUUUGUGGCCCAUGGCCACAACCACCGGCCCAACGGCGGCCCCGAGCUGGGUACCUCACACUUGGCAGCAGCACGUGGGCCGUUGACUUCAGAUGCACCAAAGCAGCCUUUCAAGGAGGGCACGAGCAGUCUCCAUCCUGACAGCGGGCACCAGGAGGGCUGCGGCGUGGCCAAGGUGAAGUUGCCCUGCCAGACCCUCCAGCAGCCAGAGCAGGGGCCGUCUGCAGCUGAGCUGAAGCUGGAAGCACUCACUCAGCGCCUGGAGCAGGAGAUGGAUGCGCGGCCCAAGGCUGACUACUUUGGAACCUGCGUGAAGUGCAGCAAAGGGGUGUACGGAGCCAACCAGGCCUGCCAAGCCAUGGGCAACCUCUACCACGACGGCUGCUUCACCUGUGGAGCCUGCAGUCGGAAGCUGAGAGGAAAAGCCUUUUAUUUCGUCAAUGGAAAGGUGUUCUGUGAGGAAGAUUUCCUGUACUCUGGUUUCCAGCAGUCAGCUGACAGGUGUUUCAUUUGUGGUCAUUUGAUAAUGGACAUGAUCCUGCAGGCUCUGGGGAAAUCAUAUCAUCCGGGCUGUUUCCGAUGUGUGGUCUGCAACGAGUGUCUGGAUGGUGUCCCAUUCACUGUGGACACUGAAAACAAAAUCUACUGUGUCAGAGAUUACCACAAAGUUUUAGCUCCAAAGUGUGCAGCGUGUGGGCUUCCCAUUCUGCCCUCUGAGGGGUCUGAUGAGACCAUUCGGGUUGUGUCUAUGGACAAGGAUUACCACGUGGAAUGUUAUCACUGCGAGGACUGUGGGAUGGAACUGAACGACGAAGAUGGCCAUCGCUGUUACCCUCUGGAUGACCAUUUGCUUUGUCACUCCUGUCAUCUGAAACACAUAGAGAAUGGCACAACCCCAGCAGCUGUGUACCAGCAUCACUACUAGCCGACGUGGCUGACAACUGUGUUUGUUUUGUGAUCGCCCUCUCCCCACCCUCCGUUGAUUUCCUGUACCGAACUCUGUCUCCUUGACCAGGAACAUGGCAUGUUUAUCUAAACUGAUUGGUUUAUUCUUAUGUGCCUUUUUCUGCUACUUGGAGGUUCUUUUGGGCUCGUAUUGGAAACUUCUUCAGUGAAAGCACAACUUGCUGUCAUGCCAACGAACUCAGAUGAUGCCAUGCACAAUUAAAAGGCCAGAGGCUGGCCUGCCUGCUGGGAAUGUUCCAUCAACCUACUAAGUGAUUCCUGACAAGCACAUUUCAUCACACUCUCCAAAGGACGUCGAAUUAUUAAUAGGAGGAUUAAGACACUCUCUUAGUAAUAUUUUAGGAAAGGAAAAUAAAGGAGUCUUUGCAAAACAGUGUGCUAAGAGCUCCCCCUGAAUUCCCUGAACUCUGGUAUAUCAGGUGUGGCUGUAGAAGCACCAGCUCUCCAAGCACAACCUCUGACAGUAUCCCAUUUUGAACACAAUGAGAAACUGAAACGAGCUGGGCUAAGCCACUGUGGUGACUGGAUGUGAGCUGCUGCUCUAAUGUCACAGCAACACACAGGGGCCCAUCUGCUUUGCCACGGUGUGCAUGUUUGGAACGGCUGGGAUGCUGUUAGUAUGGAUGCGAGGGAAAUCCAUCCCUGCUCUUGCUCUCAGAGCUCACUUUGGAAAUGAAGUUCUCUAUGUAAAGAUAUUUGACUGGUGUUUGCAUGGUUUGUGCCCACAGCUCAGCCCCGGCCUGGCCGCUCCUUAGUGUUUGCUCAGCACAAAGCCAUUUUAUAGUGGUGCUUAUUUAGAGCUCUGGGAACGAGCUCAAGAUGAUUCUAAAGGCUUUGUUACAGUGGGAUUUAGAGUCCAGUCCCACAACCUGGACUCACAUCGGUCCAGCCACUAUAACACUAUAAACAGAUUUGCUCACAUUAAUAAUAUCAACUUAUCGGAGCAAGGGGCUGGAGAGUUUGGCUCUUUUUGUCUGUCAUACAGCCCCAGUUUGCAGUGCAGUGUCUCACAGGAGCCUCCUGCAAAGCAGUGGAAAGUUUGGCCUCCGCUUUCACGCAGUGUCUGGUUACUGUGACAGCCUCCCCCUGCUCCCCAGCACCAGGAGAUGCGGGCUGUCCUACUUCCAGGUGUGAGGCGCUGUGUAAAUUAUUAAGUGUGAACGCUCCCCUCCUGUAUGUACUGAGCACUGGAAGUGACGGUGUGAAGCUGUGGAGAACCGAGUGUCGGGGUUCAUGGUUCUGAAGGCACCUCAGCACAGCUCUGUUGGUGCCGCUGGGUGUUUAUACUACAUGUAGGCCGGCAGCAGCGGCCUGGCCCGUGUGAUUUCAGUGAUUAAAGACAGUACUGCGAA